AUGUUGAAAAGACAAAGAGAAACGAGUCCAGAACCCGCUGUUAAGCAGAGAAAGUUAGAACAGAGGCUUCCUUCUUUACCAGUACAUGGGACAAGACCUAUACUGAAGGCAGGACUGUCAUGGACGGUCAAAGGAAAGGAUGAAGGCGCCCAAGGGUCUUUCUUGUUUGACACCGGUUGUACAGAAGCUAUCCUCAACCAGAGUUUUGUCAGGAAACAUGGAAUUCCCUUAGUGCGGCGGGAUCAACCUCUGACAAUGUUUGAUGCUCAGGGAGAUGUCAUGAUGGGAGGAGGCGAGUAUUACACUCACCCGGUCUGCAUGAUUAUGGGAGAUCAUAAAGAGACACUCCGAUGGGAAGUGGCUACUUUGGAAGAAGGAAUGACCGGUUACCUGCCAAUUAGUUGGGCUAGGAAGCAUAACCCGGACAUCAACUGGGAACUCAACACCAUGAGCUGGAGGAGUGACUACUGCAAGCAGAAUUGUCUCCCAGCGGCCACCAAGAUUGAACUGAUCUCUCUAUACCAAAUGUUGGAAGAAGAAGAGACAGUCUAUCAAUUGGUUGGUUCAGUAUGGCAUGAUGAGGACGGAGGUGAUAUUGCGGAGAAAAUACACCACCUAUACCGGGAUUGGGCUGAUGUGUUCAGUCAAGAGAAGAUUGAGGAAAUGCCGCCGCAUUCCCAUAAUGAUUUGAAGAUCAAGCUCUUGCCUGGCACCGCUCCCCCAUUUGGCCCGCUGUACCCAUGUUCCGCUCCAGAAGUGAAGGCCGUCCGAGAGUACCUGGAUAAAGAAUUAUCUUCAGGAAAGAUUUCUAGAUCUAACAGCCCUGCUGCGGCAUCCAUAUUGUUCAUUCCUAAGAAGGAUGGGACAUUGCGGAUUUGUGUGGACUACAGAGGAUUGAACAAGGUCACUGUCAAGGACAAGUACCCGCUGCCUAUCAUGAGUGAGCUCAGAGACAGGUUGUUCAAGGCCAAGAUCUUCACAAAGAUAGACCUGAAGAACGGCUACAACUUGAUCAGGAUAGCAGAAGGUGAUGAGUGGAAAACCGCUUUCAGAACCCGCUAUGGACUGUAUCAGUAUAAUGUGAUGCCGUUUGGUCUAUGCAAUUGUAACGGGGACUAUGGGCGAUGGAACUAUGAUGCCAAGGAAUACAACCAAGGCGAAGAUGAAGACGUAAGGAGGUUCGUGGACUAUGGACUAUGGGGCCGAGGUAUGCUACCAAGGCGGGAACGUGGACUAUGGACUAUGGGGCCGAAGGGUACACCUAAGGCAAGGACGGGGACUGUGGACUAUGGAUGGUUGUACCUGGUCUAG